AUGGCCUUGAUGGCCUGCAAGGCUCUACAAAGACAUAACAAACUCUUCCUUGCUCAAAGUUUCAGACUUGAUGAAAAAAAACAACCAGAGCUCCACAGUUUCCUGGGAAACUCCCAGUUUUACAAUUCUUCUAUGCAUGGAGUGUACUUGGAUGAGAAUGGGGAACUGGCAGCCGACUUGGACCUUGUGAACUGGGUGGUGUUUCCUAAUAGGUCUGUCCUCAGGGUGAAGUUUGGGAACAUCAGCAGACAGGGAUCCCGAGACCUAAAGUGCACCAUUGACCGGGAUGCCAUUGUGUGGCCCAAAUGGCUCAACCAGACCCUGCCUCCUUCCAGGUGUGUGGAAAGCUGCCGCCCUGGAUUCGUCAAGGUGGUUCAAGAAGGAAAUCCACUUUGCUGCUACAACUGCAUUCCCUGUGCAGAAGGGACCAUUUCCACUGAGCAAGAUGCAGAGCAUUGUGCCCAGUGUCCAGAUGAUCAACAUCCAAACAAGGCACAAGUUCAAUGUAUUCCCAAGAUUAUCACCUUCUUGGCCUAUGAAGAACAUUUGGGAAUCCUCUUGGCUUCCUUGGCCCUUUUUUUGUCUGUAACUACAUAUUUUGUGUUAGGAAUUUUCAUUCAAUUCCUAGAAACUCCAAUAGUCAAAGCCAACAACCGGGACCUCUCUUUCAUCCUCCUCAUCUCCCUCCUGCUUUCCUUUUUGUCCUCCUUCCUCUUCAUCAGCCGGCCAAGAAAAACAACCUGCCUUCUUAGACAAACAGCCUUCAGCAUCAUCUUCUCAGUUGCCAUCUCUUCUGUGCUGGCAAAAACCAUCACUGUGGUGCUGGCCUUUCUGGCCACAAAACCAGGGAACAGGGUGAGGAGAUGGCUGGGGAAGAGUCUGGCCAACUCCAUUGUCAUUUCCUGUUCCAGUGUCCAAGUUGUCAUCUGCACCAUCUGGCUGAUGAUCUUUCCCCCAUUCCCAGACUCUGACAUGCACUCCCAGCCUGGAGAGAUCAUCCUGCAAUGCAAUGAAGGGUCUGUUGCCAUGUUUUAUGGUGCCCUUGGCUACAUGGGCUUCCUGGCUGCCAUCUGCUUCACGGUGGCUUUCCUGGCCAGGAAGCUGCCUGGAGCCUUCAAUGAAGCCAAGCUGAUCACCUUCAGCAUGCUGGUCUUCUGCAGUGUUUGGGUCUCCUUUGUGCCCACCUACCUGAGCACGAAGGGGAAAUACAUGGUAGCCGUGCAGGUCUUCUCCAUCUUGGCCUCCAGUGCUGGGCUUCUGGGCUGCAUCUUCAUUCCCAAGUGCUACAUUAUUGUACUGAGGCCUGAUCUGAACACAAAGGAGCAUCUUACAAUGAGAUCAAAAUAUUCUGUGUGA